UCUUCCACCGCUCGACAUUGCUUCCUCCGCUCGUCUCUGUCGGUCGGUGGGCACGGGGCGGUUAGGGUUUUGCUAUAAGUUCCUCGGGGGGGUGGAAGAUGAAGACGCGGCCGUUGCACUGGUGAAGGAUAAAACGGGGAGGUUGAUUUCCAGCGACUCUGGCUCGGCGCCCUUGAACGUGGAUCGAGGAGCCGCUUGGACUGGCGCCGGCUUGGGCUUCGGCGGGAGCGAUAUCAUGUUGCGGACGGGUGCGACGGUGGAGGCGAAGAACAAGGUGGUUUUGAGGUCAGACGCCAUUCCGCAAAAGGCAAACCCGGUCGAUGAAUCGAAGAAGGAUACGAAGCCGCAGUCGACUCCGACCACCUCUGUUCCAGCCAAUCGGAACGGCGUUAGUUCGGGCGUCGCCAGUGGCGUGGGCCGGGCGAAAGAGAAGGAAAAGGUUGCUGCGGGGGACAAGAACAAGAGGAUUUUGACGCCAAAUACUGGGAAGGGAAAGGAACAAUCCAUGAUCGCUGAUGAGAAAGGUGUUAUGAAGAGAAAGAUUGGUGGAGAACAGGAUCAUGCUCGAGUCCCUGCGAGGAAAUCUAGAACAAAUCCGGUGAUAAAAGAUGCCCCUCGUCAUGAAAAGGGAUACGAUGAACUCGCGGACGACGAGUUUCACUGCUCUAUCUGCAUGGAGACGAAGCAACUCAAUGAGAGCUUCAGCGUGUCGUCCUGCUCGCACAUCUUCUGCACAAGCUGCAUUAGCCAGUACGUCGCCGCUAAGGUCGAGGAGAACGUGACGGUCAUCUCGUGCCCUGACCCGAGGUGCAAAAAUGGGAUCUUGGAGCCGGACAUGUGCAAGCUUAUUCUACCGGAGGGCGUUUUCCAUCGAUGGGGCAUAGGGUUGUGCGAAUCGGCUCUUGGCACCCAAAAGUUCUACUGCCCCUUCAAGGAAUGUUCGGCAUUGCUGGUACAUGAUGGCGCUGAUACAGAUAAACAACUGAUCACCAACUCGGAGUGCCCCCACUGUCAUAGGAUGUUUUGUGCUCAAUGUAAGGUGCCAUGGCAUGCGGGGAUUUGCUGCAAGGGAUUUCAGGAAUUGGGUAAGGAUGAGAGAACGAGAGAGGAUAUUUUGAUGAGGAAAUUGGCUACCGAUAGCAAAUGGCAGAGGUGCCCCCAGUGUAGGAUCUAUGUGGAGAAGAUUGAUGGUUGUAUGUUCAUGAUGUGCAGGUGUGGCUAUUGCUUCUGCUACGUAUGUGCAUCUCCGAUGACAAAGGAACUCCACUACUGUGCGAAAUGCCAGCGCUGAUCUCCCCCAGGUGGCCAAGAAACUUGAAGAUACUCUUGUUGUUCCUCUCUGAUGUCUUUCAUCGAUCUCCUCCUGCUUUGCCUGGUCUAGAACUAGUUUUUUCUGUGAUGCCCUGCAAAAUGCAUCUUGGUUGGCUGACUACUAUCCUUAAAACUAUGGAAUGAUGACAGCUGACUUUGCUCCUAGGGUUAACUUGGUGUAGUUCUUGUAUAUAUGUUUGACUUGAUCUUAAAGACAAAUAUAUUUUAGUUCUUCCCUUGGUUUCUC